GAGGAAGACUAACUAGGUCCUCCAACAGCUAGGUGGCUGGUCCAGGCAGACCCUCCCAGCAAGGGGAGAUCAGCUGACCAUCCCUGAAAGGCUCAAGCCCUUGGGUGUGAGCAAAACAGACAACUGUGAAAAACUCACCACUCCGUUGGCGAGUUCCAAGAUGUACCAUCACGAAGACGACACCAACAGUGACAUGAACAGUGACGACGACAUGAGCCGAAGUGGGAGGGAAACCCCACCCCCUCGACCAUCGCAUUCUUUCGGCAGUGAGCGAGAGCUGGAACGCAGAGGCAGAAGCAGAGAUGUGGAGCCUCGAGACCGCUGGCCAUACAUCAGGAAUCCCAGGAGCAGACUGCCUCAACGUGAUCUUUCUCUUCCUGUGAUGUCAAGACCACAUUUUGGACUGGAAAGAGAUGAUGACAGACGUUCCAUGGAUUAUGAGUCUCGAUCCCAGGAUGCCGAGUCAUACCAGAAUGUUGUGGAACUCAAAGAGGACAAGAAGCCUCAGAAUCCAAUUCAGGACAACCUGGAGAACUACAGAAAGCUGCUCUCUCUGGGAGUCCAGCUUGCCGAAGAUGACCGACACUCUCACAUGACACAAGGCCACUCAUCAAGGUCCAAGAGGACUGCCUACCCAAGCACCAGCCGAGGUCCGAAACCCAUGCCUGAAGCCAAAAAGCCAUCCCAUAGGCGUGGAAUCUGCGAGGACGAGUCUUCUCAUGGAGUGAUAAUGGAAAAAUUCAUCAAGGACGUGUCACGCAACCCCAGAUCCGGAAGAGCAAGGGAGCUGAAUGAGCGUCCUCCUCCGAGGUUCCCCAGGCCUAAUGAUAACUGGAAUGAUAGUUCCUCAAGCAGAAGAGAGUCCAUGAUCCAGGGGAGAGGUUAUGAAGGGGGCGCAUUUAGGGGAGGCUUCCGGCUCAACGCAGAAUUGCCUUCCAGAAGCAGAGCUCUAGAAAGGAAGAGGCGUUACCACUUUGAUUCUGAUGAGAGGGGUUCAGGUCACGAGCAUAAAAGCUGUGUGAGGAAGAGGCCUUUUGAGUGUGGUAGUGAGAUGAGGCAGGCUAUGAGCAUGGGCAACCUGAACAACCCUUCCUUCUCUGAGUCGCAGUCAGCUGAUUUGGGGGCGAACCCCUACGUGUGUGAUGAGUGUGGGAGGCAGUUCAGUGUCAUCUCUGAGUUUGUUGAGCACCAGAUCAUGCACACUAGGGAGAACCUCUACGAAUAUGGAGAGUCCUUUAUUCACAGCGUGGCUGUCAAUGAGGUGCAAAAAGGUCAGGGUGGGGGGAAACGCUUUGAGUGUAAGGAAUGUGGAGAAACCUUCAGUAGGAGUGCCGCCCUGGCAGAGCACCGCCAAAUCCAUGCUAGAGAGUAUCUCGCAGAAUGUAGAGAUCAGGAUGAUGAGGAGACCGUCAUGCCUAGCCCGACCUUUAGUGAGCUGCAGAAGAUGUAUGGCAAAGAUAAGUUCUAUGAGUGCAAGGUGUGCAAGGAGACCUUUCUGCACAGUUCCGCCCUGAUUGAGCACCAGAAAAUCCACGGUAGAGGCAACUCAGAUGACAGAGAUAACGAGCGUGAGCGCGAACGCGAUCGCCUGCGUGCACGUGCACGGGAGCAGCGUGAGCGCGAACGUGAACGGGAGCGUGAACGGGAGCAUGCGGAACCCUUUCUGACCUGUCCCAACUUCAAUGAGUUUCGGAAGAUGUACAGGAAAGAGAGAAUCUAUGAGUGUAAAGUGUGCGGGGAGAGCUUUAUUCAUCUCACGUCUCUGAGGGAGCAUCAGAAAAUCCAUACUAGAGGAAACCCAUUUGAAAAUAAGAGCAGGAUGUGCGAGGAGACCUUUGUCCCUAGUCAGGCUUUCAGACGACGCCAGAGAAGUUACAGAGAGAAUCUGUUCGACUUGAACAAUGCCAGAGACGCCUUGAUGGGAGGCUCAGAUCCCAGCGAGCAUCAGAAAAAUCGUGCCCGGAAGAAUUUCUUUGAAGGCAGAGGAUUCGAGAAACCCUUUGUCGAAUCUCAGAAGAGUCAUACUAUCACAAGACCACCUGAAAACAAAGAUGACGAUGACGACAAGCCGUUCACCAUCAGUGUUAACCCUAAUGACAAGCUGAAAUUCCCCACCAUGGAAAAUGGCUCCCAGGGCAAAUCCUACGAGAGGGCUGUUACUCACAGCUUGGGCUCCGCAGAAGCUCAGAAGAGUCGUGGUGCAAUGGGGUUCAGUAAACCAAGACCAGUGGCAGAGUCUAGCACCCAGAGCUCAAGCAGCAUUAACUACCCCAGAGCCUACUCUGGAGGGAAUACCUAUGAAGGAAAGGAAUACAAGGACUCCAUCAUGCACAGCUUGCCCGCUCCUCGACCUCUGAAACGUCAUAGAGCAAUUGAUCAGAUUCAGUGUGAUGAGCAGGGAGAAUCCUCCAUUUAUCUCCCAGAUAUCAUUAAUAAGCGAAGAAAGAUUCCUGCCAGAGAAGACAGUUAUGAAGCAAGUUGCAGCAACAGCUACCACACACCGAGUACAUCCCGUGCCGAGCCUCCGAGUUUUUCUGGAGAGUCCCGUGAACCAAAGCAGGAUGCCACAUUUUCAGUUCCCAGCUCAAGUGUUCGUGAACACCAGAAAGCUCGUGCCAAAAAGAAGUACAUUGAGCCCAGGAACAACGAGCCCUCUGUUAUGCACUCCCUACCUUUUGGUGAAUUGCUUGCAGGUCACCGUAGGGCAAAGUUCUUUGAGUGUCAGGAAUGCGGGGAGGCCUUUGCUCGUAGGUCUGACCUUAUUGAGCACCAGAAGAUUCAUGAUAGGGAGAGACCUUCUGGAAGCCGACAUUAUGAGCGCUCUGCCAUCCGCAGCUUUGCCCCCAGUGACCCGCAGACCAGCUAUGCCCAAGAACGGUUCAUUCAAGAACAAGUGCGGAAACUCAGAGCAUUUGGACAACGCUCUGCUACCACCAGCAGCAACCUCAGUGUACAGAAAAUCUAUGCCCAAGAGAAAUCAAAUGCCGAGGAGCCCCAUGAUAAACAAACACACGGUCAAAUAAUUCAUGACAAAGAGCCAUACGGUAAGGAGCCCAGUGGCAAGGAGCCACAUGGCGAUGAGCCCCAGGACAAAGAGCCCCUUGACCAGGAGAUGCGCAGUGAAGAGCCCCAUGGCGAUGAGCCCCAUGGCAAUGAGCCCCAUGACAAGGAACCUAUUGAUCAGGAGAUGAGCAGUGAAGAGCCCCACGGUGAAGAGUCUCAUGGCGAUGAGCCCCAUGGUGAAGAGUCCCAUGGCCAGGAGAAAGCUGAAGAUGCUACCGCUCAGGCCUCAGUUUCUGAAGAGCAUAAGAAAGAAGAUGCAGGUGAUGCAAUCUAUGAGUGCCAGGACUGUGGGCUGGGCUUUGCUGACCUCAAUGACCUCACAAGCCACCAGGACGUCCAUAGCAGAAAGGCUCUGGUUGACAGUCGUGAGUACACACAUUCUGAAGUUCAUGUCCACUCUGUCAGUGAAUUUGAGAAAAAAUACUCAGGAGAGAAACUGUAUGAAUGUCCAAAAUGUGGAGAAUCUUUCACUCAGAGCUCAUUACUUUUCGAGCACCAGAGAGUCCACGAACAAGACCAGCCAUGUUCCGCAAAGGCCAGUGAUGACGGUUUUAUCGCUCUGCUGCCUGCAAGACCGAGGAGGAAUUGUACUGUAGAGAGGAAUCCUGCCGUUUCUGGCUCAGCCAUUCGAUGCCGUCAGUGUGGACAAGGCUUCAUUCACAGUUCUGCCCUAAAUGAGCACAUGAGACAGCACAGAGAUAAUGAAAUAAUGGAACAGAGCGAACUGGCAGACGAGAUUUUCAUUCAAGGCCUAGCCCUCACUGAGUAUCAGGGAAGUGAAACUGAAGAGAAGCUUUUCGAAUGCACAAUCUGUGGGGAAUGCUUCUUCACUGCCAAACAGCUCGGAGACCACCACACCAAAGUUCAUAAGGAUGAGCCCUAUGAAUAUGGGCCCUCCUACACCCAUGCCUCCUUUCUCACCGAGCCCCUCAGGAAGCACAUCCCACUGUAUGAAUGCAAAGAUUGCGGGCAGUCCUUCCUAGACGACACCGUCGUCGCUGAGCGCAUGGUGUUUCAUCCUGAGCGAGAAGGGGGGUCAGAAAUAGUAGCUGCCACUGCCCAAGAGGUCGAAGCCAAUGUCCUCAUUCCACAAGAAGUACUGCGAAUCCAGGGAUCAAAUGCAGAAGCUGCUGAGCCGGAAGUGGAGGCUGCGGAGCCCGAGGUGGAGGCUGCGGAGCCUGAGGUGGAGGCUGCAGAGCCUAAUGGAGAGGCUGAAGGGCCAGAUGGAGAAGCUGCUGAGCCUGAUGGAGAGGCUGAGCAACCCAAUGGGGAAGCUGAACAGCCAAACGGUGAUGCUGAUGAGCCAGACGGUGCUGGAAUCGAAGACCCAGAAGAGAGAGCCGAUGAGCCAGAGGAAGAUGUUGAAGAGCCAGAGGGAGAUGCAGAUGAGCCCAACGGUGCCGACAUUGAAGACCCAGAAGAGGAAGGAGAAGAUCAAGAGAUUGAGGUUGAAGAACCGUACUACAACUGCCAUGAAUGCACAGAAACUUUUGCUUCCAGCGCAGCCUUCGGUGAGCAUCUGAAAAGCCACGCCAGCGUGAUCAUCUUCGAGCCUGCCAAUGCUCUCGGAGAGUGCUCGGGCUACAUCGAACCGGCCAGCACCAGCGCAGGUGGUGCGGAGCAGGCCGAUGACAAGUACUUCAAAUGCGACGUGUGCGGGCAACUCUUCAACGACCGCCUCUCCCUUGCCAGACACCAGAAUUCUCACACUGGUUGAGUAUCCAGACUGAGGAAAAAAAAAGAACGAAGCCAAACCUUCCUCCCAGAACCAGACCCUUAAUAAAUCACAGAGAGAGCCUAAACCAACCCAUAAUGUUAAUAAGAAAUUCACCUCAUUGUCUACAUACUGGACUUCACAUCAUAGACUUUCACUCAGACUGAAAAAAGAGAAAAGAUUGAACACAGAGACUCUUUCAGUCUUAGCUGUUCCGUAUCAAAUGUCAGUGGAAAGCUAGAGCAUACAUCUACCACUUCAUCUUACCUAGAUUGAGGGAAUACCUAGUGACUCUUCAAGACCACAGAGGUUACCCCAAUCGACUGUAAAUGAUACCCCUUUCAUACCCUAUACAUAAUGAUUCCUGCCGUGUAUAUAAUUGAGCAAAUCACAGCAAAAUCAGUGAUACAUAUAUUUGGAUUUAGUGUGCUAUAGAAUUUACAGUUUACUCUACAGAGCUACCUAGCCUGGUACUCUGAUUUUUUUUUUUCCUGAGGAGGAAGAGAGCAACAAUUUAGCAUAUAUUUGUAAAUGUUGUCCAUCCUGCGGAAGCUUUACUGUGCAUUGUUUGAACCCCAUUAGUAUCCUUUCCAGUAAUGGACUAUUCCGUCCCCUACCUCUUAGAUAGUCCUGUGAAGGUGUGGGUGUGAACGAUCGUGUGUCUUUGAAUCCUGGCUGUGUGAAAACAGACAUUUUAGCUUCUACAGCCACUUGGUGUGCACCCAGCCCCCUUGAGACUGAUUGUGUAACCCUUUACAAUAUAUGGAUUUGUCUCUGUGACCUAAAUCAACCCAUCCCUACAUUUAUAUACCUUACAGUGGUUUUCAUGCAAAAAAGAGUUACAUUUGAGGUUUUCUUUAAGGUUUGGGUUUUUCGUUUUCUAACCAACUCAUCGUGUGUUUGAUAGUGAAUUCAUGAAACCUGAAGCUUUUCCUUGUAAAUCUCAAUGUCUUUGCCUUUAAAGAGUGGGUGACAACCAUCACUAGAUCACAGUAGUGCCUAAUGAAAGGUUGGGAACCACAGGAGAGGCUCUUACAUUGUAAAUAAGGAAGCAGACUGACAACCUUUCAUUAACUGCUGUGUGCUUCCUGCCUUAAGUGACAAGUGGCAGCGUCGCUUGAGUCACCUGUGUGGUGUUUGUUGUAUUGUGCUUGCCACAAGUCAGUGUGCUCCCUGGGUGCCCAGGAGCUAGUGUCCUUAGAUCUUUGUAUCUCCAAACUUAAUUCCCUGUUCUUUAUGUGUCUGUCAACCCCAUGUCUAUUGCAUUUUAAAAAAAAAGCAAACACACACACACACACACAAAGCUUUCUUUAUAGUUAAUCCUAGCUUAACAUGGACUCAGGUUCCCCAGCAGCCUUAAUUUUUUUUGUUACCAUUGUUCUUUCUCAUUGAAUCUCCUUAGUAUUUCUGAGCUUUCCAUUUAGUGUCCCAUCUGUCUUAAUGUAACCAGAUGUCACAAACUGACUUCCCAGCUUGAGAUUUUCUGCGUCCUUUCAUGGACUGCUUGCGCUCCUUUACUUCCCCUUCCCUCUCAUGGCUAUAUAAAGACAAUUUUUUGGCCUUCAGUUGGCUGGGGAAAAAAAAAUUUAAAAAUUAAAAAAAUUAAAAAAAAUAAAGCAGAUCUGUAGCCGAAAGAUCGCAAGCUAUGUACAGAUCAUGUGAGAACGUGAACAGAGUUUAUUUACCUGCUGGGGAAAGCAGUCUGACUCUUAGUCUUCUAGAUCUGUAGGUCCAGGACUCAUGAGGGAGUGUGUCAAAGCCUCAGUGAAUGCCAAAGCCUUUGGAGGUUGGAGUCCUAAAAGCAAGAAAUAGAAAUGAGUGAGCCAAAGAAGGGAGUUCCAAGAUGCCAGCAGAUCUAGGAAGGAGUGAGACAGACUAAAGAAGACACCAGCAGCAGGGAUUGGAAGGUCAGGGUGGUAAAAACAAAUUGGAAAGAAGUGUCCUGGAUAAUUGGAAGAAAGGCCUUUUUGAUGGAAUCGUGUAGGUGAAAGCUAGCUGCAUAAAGAGAGCCCCUGGUUGGAAUUGACAUCUAGGGAAACAGAGGGGCAAUGAUUCAUUGGUGAGGCACCCUUGAAAUAGAAGUCAGUGCCCUAGCCAUCUGGGUAAAUGUGGGUAUCAGUGACAGUGUCACCCCCACUAGACCCUUUUCAGAAAGUGACACAUCAAGAAGUCUGAGUUGAGUGUUCAUUCUACCUGUAACCAAGUGAGUAGAUCAGGAACGAUUGAAAUGCCAGACUAUGAAAGAAUAAUUUAGUCAAAGUGCCCCUGGAUUCUUAUGCAGUUGUUGAAAAGUGAUAACCACAAAGAGUUGUGAAACAGAUAUUUACAGAGUAUGAGGUGGAAAGAGCAGGACACAAAAUUAUAUUUGUACUACACUUAUAACUGUUUUAAAAUGUACGCUUAUAGUCAAAAGCUAUUGUGUUGUUGUAGGCUUAUAGUUGAGCAUUAUUUUCUUAAAUUUCUAGAAUGUUCUUUAUGGUAGUGUUAUUCAAAAGUUAAGGAUCAUAUUUCCAUCGUGAACAUAAUUGGAACUCAUUAUGAAACACUUGGGAAAUAACAGAAAAGUGGAGGAAAGAAAAUCCAUGUCCCCACCAUCCAAAGAUAGAUAUACUCUUUAAUAUCUUGUUUAUUCUUGUUGCUGUGCACAGGUUUAUAUAUUACAACUGUGUCAAAACGUGUAUUCAAGAUAGUUGUUCUAGUAUUUCCUGUGUAAUUAUGGUAAAAAUACUUUGAAGUUUUCACUAUGCUCCUUGUAAUCAUUGCCUGAUAAUAAAGUUUAGUAUGUAAUGUCACCAUCAUAAACAUACUAUGUACCUGAUGAAAAUUGGAAAAUAUGGUAAAAUUGAAAAGAAAAAUCCACCCACAUUCCCCAUACCCAACAACUGUUAAGAUCUUCAUCUGUGUCCUUCAUUUCAUGCCAUUGCACAAAUUUGUGAUUAAAACAGUGUUAAAUAGAUUUGCGUAAUGUCUAAAACAAAAAGAAAUGUGGGAAACAAUUAAAAAUAGUGUUUUUUGGGGGGGUUCAUGGUUAAAUAUUUUGUUCAAAAUUUCUUGAAUAAUCUUCAGUGUUUGGGUAACAAACUUUACGUGUGUACUCUGCAUCACAAAUAAAAGGCAUACUCAAAGAAAACUGGGAAAGUGAAGUGAAGUAGAGAAAAACUGUAUUUCCAACAGACUUUUGGUAACACCUGGAUCUGUGCACCAUGGGUGCGAUUGUGAGGUUGUCCAUGAUAAGUAUGUAGUGUCAGCAGCAGGAGGAAAUGUGGAAAAGUGUGGACUAGCAGGGCAGCUGCGGCAGGAUUACAGUGAAGUGUGUUUUCUCAGUUUCUUUGAGGGGUCUUGAUCAUAGUGUUCUAGUAGGCUGCCUUUAUUGCUUAUAUCUGCAGUAUGUGACCAUCCUAGUAGCCUUGAAGAUGUGGAAAUGCAGAAGAGAAACUCACCCAUAUUUUCAUUACCCAAAGACUGUGUUAACAUCUCAAUUUGUUUUCUUUGUCUUGUUUCUGUGCACAGGCUUUUGGUUUGUUAAUAUGGUUGUAGUUGUUCUAUCUUGUAAUAGUGUCAACAAUAAAAAUAAAGUUAAAAAUAAGAUAA